CGGAAGGAUCGAAGCGCAGCGUGCAGGGAACCAGUUAGCGUCCGCGCGCGCGUGUGUGUGUGUGUGUGUGCACGCCAGACUAGCGAGUGCGGAGUUUCUUUCCCAGUUUUCUUCCGCGAGCGGGCACGUGCGCGGUCAGUGGGCGGCGACAUUUCUCCGGAGUUUCCCGCUAGCGCAACAUGGCGCCGGAUUAUCUCGAGUUUCCCGCUCGCAGAGAGGAGGGGGACUAUCUCUGCCAAGAAUGAGGAGGGGAGCUGCGCCUUAGUCGAGUGUCGAAAUCGCGGCGGCCGGCUGUUCUGUAUGAUCCCGCGGCGAAGCACUGCUCUGACAGCAUGGCCCAAGGGCUCGGCCGAGAAUCGGCGGAGCAGCCGAAGGUGAAGGACUUGCACGAGAAGAAAGCGGCCGGGAAGACACCCCCGCGCGACGGUCGGGUCACGGGCUCGCGGAGAAUUUUCGCGCCGCAGUUCAAGCUGCAGGUGUUGGACUCGUACAGGCAGGACGCGGACUGCAGGGGCAACCAGAGGGCGACGGCCAGGAAGUACGGGAUCCACCGGCGCCAGAUCCAGAAGUGGCUGCAGGCCGAGGCGUCCCUGCGCACGUCCCUGGGCCCCGCGCCGGACGCGGCCUUGAACCUGAGCCCUGCGAGACAGCGCGACGACGACGCUCAGUUGGCCCGGCCGCCGCCAGAGCGCUCGGACGGCGAGCCCGAGAUCGACGUCGACGUGGACGUGGACGGCGACGACGAGGACGACGACGACGACGCCGACAGCGACGACGGCGACGACGACAUCGACAUCAUGUCGGUGCAGGAGCCGGACCAGGCGCUCGACUUCACGAGCGCGGCGCUGAGCAAGCGGCGCUCCUUCUCGCUGCAGUUCAAGCUCGAGGUGCUGGACGCCUUCCACGCGGACCGCGCGUGCCACGGCAACCAGCGCGCGACGGCGCGCAAGUUCGGCAUCAACCGCAGGCAAGUGCAAAAGUGGCUGGGCCAGGAGGUGGAACUGCGAGGCGAGGCCGCCUUCCGUGGCGGCAUGUACCGGCAGCGCCUCGGCCGCUGGCUCGAAAACGACGAGCCGGAGUCGACAGCCGGGAGUCAGCACUGCUGGGACCUCAGGAAGAGGAAGGUGGACUGCGAUCCCUGCGACAGUCUGGUCUGCGCGAAGAAGGCCCGUGUGGAGGAGCCGGAGCCCCUGAGGCCGGCGCACGAGGUCCGAGCCGACGUGUGCGUCAUCGGGGACAACUGCGCCUUCCCGCGCGUGCCGAGCGCCGACGUGCAGGAGACGGCGCUCUGCCUCAAGGUGGAACGCCGGGAGUCGAAGCCGGAGCCCGCGGAGCGCGCCGUGGUGUGCUCGGUGCCGGCGCUCUACCCGCCCGUGCCGCCGUACGUGGCCGCCCCCGCACCCGUCACCCACGCGCACGGGGGCUGCUGCUGCUACUCGGCGCGCAUGCUGGCCGUCUACCACGGCUUCGUCACGCACCCCGAUCACCUCUACCCCCUGGAUUUCAGAUCACCGCCUCCGCCACAUCCGCCGCCUCACAACAUUCACUUAUUCAGGUGGCUGGCCCGACUCAGUUAAUUACGGUGAAUGUAUCAAAAGACGACUCACCCCGUUGAUGUGUCGGCAGGGCGGCAGUGAAGUUUUCCCAGGACGUGCCAGCAGCAUUUUAUGACCCAGAAAAAAGUGUACCGUUUUCUAGCGUAAUGAAGAUCAGGAGCAAGGGUGGCUACAAAAAAGACCUAAAAUCCUUCAAGAAUGCGAAGGAAUGUUUCUAAAAGCUAAACGUCUGAAAUUCGAUGCAGCGCCAGAAUGGUCCUUGCAGACAAGAAGAUGCAGCAGAUGAAAUAAGGAAGCGAUACAAAGAUACAUCUCUUGUUAUUUUCAUGGAACAGCAGAAACUUUCCCAGCAGGAGAACAACUUUUUGUCUUUUGGUACAAGCCGACGGACAGCUGAACACAGUAAUUAUGGAAACCAUGCUGUUAUUGUCAAACAGCCUUUCAGUGCUGAUCAUAAAACACAGAUGUGUGCACUUCUAUGAAAUAAAAAUAGUACCAAAAAAAACCAUCAGUGAAGAGAGAAAGUCUACAAUAAACACCUUACAAUAACAAAACAUGGAGUAUAACAUGAAAAUAAAGCUACAGUAUUGCAAAAUGGACUUACAUUUCAACAAACAAACAAACAAACAUUUUUGUGAACACAUGGUCAUUAUUUGGUACAGAAUUAACCAAAUAAGGUGGUGCCAUCACAAAGUAGGAGUGCAAUUACAAAUCUCCAUGUAGCCCUCUGGAUCUAGUAUUUCUGUGGUUUCUGUAUUGCGAUCCAAGCAAAUUUCAGUAAGAUUCCCUCUGCAAGACCAUUACCUACUCGUUUCCUCCUGCAUCCUUGUCCUUAAUUUCAGUGGGGCACUGAACUGUAACUUUUUGUUGCAUGUAAAGUUAUACAUCACAUUAAAGAAAAGUGCUGCAAGA